AUGCAGCAGAACUCGAGAGGCGACACCGAGCAGAGCGGUAAGCGCCAAUCGAUCGGCAAGAGGAAGCUUUCUGAAGGAGGUUCGCAGCCGCGAUCGCAACAAACCAUUUCCGAGCUCCUCUCUCAGAGGUAUUCACCAGAUCGUAACCUUGAUUCAAUCCAUAAGCGUUCUCGUCUCUCGCCAUCUCCCUCACGCCCCUCAAUCCAAACGAUCCCGCAUAAGAUGCAUCCGAUUUCCGGUUCCCCGCCUAAGACCGGCGUGCCUAGUCGGGGAGUGUCUGGACUAAACGGCCCCAUCAGACCCCAUGGCUUGAAUGCAAAUGCCCGCCAAAGUAACUUUUCUCCUCAUACCGGCGCGAAAAAGCUCGUCGUCAAAAACCUUCGUACCGGACCACGGCUUAACCAGGAAUCAUAUUUUGAUAAGGUGUGGUCGCAGUUGGAUGCGGCUUUAACCGCUAUUUUUGAUGGCAGGAAACCGGAGAGCUCGCUGGAAGAGCUAUACAAAGGCGGGGAGAAUGUGUGCCGCCAGGAGCGGGCAGCGUUGUUGGCUAAGAAGCUUCAGGACCGGUGCAGAGAGUUUGUUAGUGGGAAAAUGCGCACGAAUCUUGUUACCAGAGCUGGAGGUAGCACUGAUGUCGCUUCAUUGCGGGCAGUGAUCGAGGCAUGGUCGGCCUGGCACUCGAAACUAGUCACUAUUCGCUGGAUCUUCUAUUAUCUCGACCAGUCAUUCCUCUUGCAUUCCAAAGAACAACCGGUGAUUCGUGAAAUGGGAUUGAUUCAAUUCCGGUCAUACAUCUUCUCCGAUGCCAGUCUGAAGCCCAGGAUUUUGAAAGGAGCAUAUGAUUUGAUCGAGGCGGAUCGAGGCGGAUUCACCAAGGCAAUGGCAGAUUCGAAUCUCCUAAGAGAGGCUAUGGAUGUUUUCCAUAGCCUCGAUGUUUAUGGUAGUGAUUUUGAGCCUUUAUUCAUGGCCAAGUCCGAGGAAUUUGUGAAGGAGUGGUCUCAGCAACAAGCAGCAGGAUCCCUGGCUACAUACGUCGAGAAUGCUCACCGGUUGAUCGAACGUGAAGUAGAACGAUGCGGGCUGUUCUCUUUUAAUAGAAGCACAAAGCUCAAACUGUCCGAGCUCUUGGACGAGACUCUAGUUACACAGCGAACAGACGUGUUGACCAACGAAGAUGAAGUGCUUGGUUUAAUGCGCGCCGGCAAUAAGACCGCCUUGAAACAACUAUACGGUUUGCUGGACCGGCGAGAUCUUACUCUCAAAUUGAAACCUGCAUUUAGGAAGUACAUUGUCGAGGAGGGUGAGAGCAUCGUGUUUGAUCAAGAUAAGGAGGUUGACAUGGUUGUUCACCUGCUCCAAUUCAAGCAAAAGGUUGAUGAUAUGUUGUCCAAUGCUUUCGAGUCGAACGAGGAACUGAGUCACGCGCUUCGCGAGGCCUUUGGAGCCUUUAUGAACCGCGGGAAGAAAAUGGACUCCACAGGUGGCACUGAUAACCCCAAGUCGGGUGAGAUGAUCGCCAAAUACGUGGAUAGGUUGCUUAAGGGCGGCUACAAACUGCCACCCGGCCGUAAUCCAGAGGAAGUAAGCCUCAUGUCUGACGAUGCAGAGCUUGACCGACAGCUUGAUCAAGUUCUCGACCUCUUCCGGUUCGUACACGGGAAGGCCGUCUUUGAAGCCUUUUACAAGAACGACCUUGCCCGGCGUCUCUUGAUGAAACGAAGCGCGAGCAACGAUGCGGAAAAGAGCAUGUUAACUCGUUUGAAGAACGAAUGCGGGUCAAGCUUCACUCAUAACCUUGAGUCCAUGUUCAACGACAUGGACACUGCUAACGAUGAAAUGACGGCCUUCAGACGGUCGCAGCAGGGGGAUCAGGAGCGGAAGGGCCGGUUCGAAUUCGAAGUCGCCGUGCUCUCUGCGGCCUCCUGGCCGACGUAUCCCGAUGUCCCUGUACGGAUUCCAUCGAAAAUCGCACGCUCGAUCAGCAAAUUCGAGGAUUUCUACCAUAGCAAACAUACAGGGCGCAAGCUUACUUGGAAACAUCAACUGGCGCAUUGUCAGCUUACUGCAAACUUCCCCAAUGGCAACAAGAACCUGGUAGUCAGCUCGUUCCAGGCAAUUGUAUUGCUACUAUUUAACGAUAUCCCCGAUGGCGAGAGCAUGUCGUACCCCCAGAUCCAGGAAGCGACCGGAUUGUCGGACCCAGAAUUAAAGCGAACACUCCAGUCCCUCGCUUGCGCCAAGUAUCGAGUCCUAACCAAGACCCCCAAGGGCAAGGAUGUGAACUCCAGCGACCAAUUCUCGUACAACAAGAGUUUCAGCGACAAGCAAAUGCGCAUCAAGAUCAACCAGAUCCAGCUGAAGGAGACCAAAGAGGAAACCAAGAGCACGCACGAGCGGGUCGCGGCCGAUCGCCAUUUCGAAACACAAGCUGCCAUCGUGCGCAUUAUGAAGAGUCGCAAAUUGCUCAGCCACGCCGAGCUGAUCUCGGAGGUUAUCAGUGCCACUAAGACUCGGGGUGUUCUUCAGCCUGCCGAGAUUAAGGGGGAGAUUGAGAAGUUGAUCGAGAAGGAGUAUAUCGAGCGCAAAGAAGGAACCAACCAAUACAGCUACGUGUCAUAA